GCUUUUCUACUUCUACGCUCUCCUGCCUCUCCUCCAGGGUGUCGAUUGUGUUUGACAUGUACGCUCCCAAGAGAGUGUAGCUCGUAGUAUCGAGAGGAUAGUCUAGUGUGUGUGUGUGUGUGUGUGUGUGUGUACGUGUGCGUGUGUGGAGUCUACUUGAAGCACCAAGAUGGGCUCGGUAGGAGCGGAGCGCCGCAGGCCAACACCGGUCCAGAUGCCCGAGGAGAGGGAUGUGUGGAGGGAGGGAGGACAAGCUGGAUGGAGGGAGGGAGGAAGGGAAGGAGGAAGGGAGGGCUGGAGGGAGGGCCGAGAAAGCGGCGUGGUGCAGAGCUACAGCUUCGACUCGUACCAGCUGGAGGAGGAGGAGAUCGGUAAAGACGCCCCGGAGCGAGGAGUGCUGGCGCUGUCCGAGCCCGACUUUGAGGAGCCGAUCCCUGACGACCGUUACCAUGGCAUCUAUUUCGCAAUGCUAUUGGCCGGCGUGGGUUUCCUGCUUCCCUACAACAGCUUCAUCACCGAUGUGGACUACCUGCACCACAAGUUUAAAGGGACGCCAAUCGUGUUCGACAUGAGUCUGACGUACAUCCUGGUGGCUCUGCUGGCCGUCAUCCUCAACAACGUGCUGGUGGAGCGACUCAGCCUGCACACCAGGAUCACUGUGGGCUACAUAUUAGCUCUGGGGCCGCUGAUCUUCGUCAGUGUGUUUGAUGUCUGGCUCGCCAAGUUCACCACCAGGCAGGCUUAUGUCAUCAACCUCGUCUCAGUGGGAGUGGUGGCCUUCGGAUGUACAGUGCAGCAGUCCAGUUUCUAUGGUUACAUGGGGAUGCUGCCCAAGAGGUACACACAGGGGGUGAUGACCGGAGAGAGCACAGCAGGUGUGAUCAUCUCACUGUCGCGCAUCUUCACCAAGCUGCUGAUCGCCGACGAGAAGAGGAACACGCUCAUCUUCUUCCUGGUCUCCAUCAGCAUGGAGAUGCUCUGCUUCCUGCUCCACCUGCUCGUCCGCCGCUCUCAAUUCGUUCGCUACUACACCAACAGCGCCCAGGGCAAAGGGCCGGUCAAAGGUCGCGACCCGCACGACAACGGGACCGGAUACCGAGUCCACCACGACGUCACCGCAGAGGACGUACGAUUUGGAAACGGUGGCACAGCACCGACCCCGACGGAGGAAGUGGUUGAGGACUUUGAGGGCGGGACGUACGUCAGAUUCGAUGCCCCGAAAGCCAAGAUAAGGAGGAGCUGGCCUGGCGUCCGCGACAUGAUCUUGCGUCGUUACGUGGUGGCCCGUGUGAUCUGGACCUACAUGCUGUCGAUAGCAGUGACCUACAGCAUCACCUUGUGUCUGUUUCCCGGGCUGGAGUCAGAAAUACGAAACCACACCUUGGGAGAGUGGUUCCCCAUCCUCAUCAUGGCCACCUUCAACAUGUCGGACUUUGUUGGCAAGAUUCUUGCAGCGCUGCCAUACGACUGGUCCGGAGGCCGCCUGCUCUUCUUCUCCUGCCUGAGGGUGGUCUUCAUCCCUCUGUUUGUCAUGUGCGUGUACCCGGCCAGCGCGCCCACCCUGUCCCAUCCCGCCUGGCCCUGCCUCUUCUCCCUCCUCAUGGGAGUCACUAACGGCUACUUCGGGUCCGUGCCGAUGAUCCAGGCUGCGGGAAAAGUGUCGCACGAGCAGCGGGAGUUGGCCGGGAACACCAUGGCGGUCUCCUACAUGAGCGGCCUGAUGGUGGGCUCCGCCGUGGCGUACGCAGCUUACAGCUUCGCGGCUCCGGGACCAGGAACACACAUCGCCACGCUCAACAUGCACCCACACGCCAACGCCACCGGGUACUGAAUAUCACACAAUCACGGAUGUAAACACACAUACACGCACACAACAUUUACAAACACAAGACCCUGGCCGGGAGGAGCAGCGUAGGGAGAGGUGGACUCGAAUCCAGCCGCGGUGGACCAAAAGACUCGCGGCAAAGAACUCUUGAAAGGUUCAUGUUCAUACUCUGAGAGACGUAUUCUCCUUUGUCCAGGCCAUGCUUCACUGUGACUUACUGGAGACAGAAAGUGGAAUAAGAUACAAAAAGAAUGGAGGACAUUAUGUUAAACAGUAAAAACGUAGCACAUUCCUCCACAUUGGUUCACUGACCUUCAAAUGUUACGGCUCUGCUGUGGUGAGGAGCUGGACGUCUGUCCACAGAAGCCCUUAAAGUGUCUCACAGUGAAACUAUUGUCUGCUUGUGUGUGCGAGCCGACUGGCUGACAUUUGUUCAGUGUAAAGUCAAGCGGUCGUUCACCGCAGGGAGCCAACGGCUCUCAGUUUUGGAGGAAACUGUGUGUCACGGGUCACAUUGGAUGCAUUUCACAUUGUUGGUAUUCAAAGUGGAGAGGAGAUGCCACUGUGGGGUUUAGCCGUCGUUUCAGCUGUUUCCGAAUCAUAAUCUUUGACAACCUUUGAGCACAUUAUUUAAACGCCACAACAAAGAGACUCAAAGGCUCAAUUCAAUUCACCGUGAAACAGGAGCAACUGCAGUGUGACCUGUUUGCGAGUAUAAUGGAAUAUAUAGAAUUAUGAGACGGAAAUCCAGUCGCCCCAAAUCCCAUCAGAUAUGUUUAAGUACGAGUUCAAGAGUCUUCGGAAAUAUUCUAAUCAUUUACAGGAAGAGCAACGAUUGGAUAUAAAAUUCUCCCACACUAUUUUUGACAUUUUAACACAGAAAUAGAACCAAGAAAAUCUGUUUUUAUUUUAAUUGUACUUCCUUAUAAGGAAUUACAGUUUUCUAAUGACAGACAAAAUACGGUCAAAACUUGGUUGUCUCUGAGUUGUUAAGAUAUUUAAAUAGUAAAAAUAAUUGUUGAUGCAUCAACUGGAUGAAAAGCAUCAGUUGCAUUUACUUUCAAUGAUGAAGAACAUUAUUCUCAUCAGCCGUAUAAGUAUAUAAAUAAAUGGAAAAAACUAAUAAGAAUGUUAAACCUAUAUGGAUUUAUUAUGAUUAUGUGCAUUUGCAGCUUCUCAGUUCGUUUUAAGAGAAGAAGAAACUGAAUGACUUCCUGUCUGUUUCCUCUGGGUUCCACAUCUCUUCUCGUAUCAUCUGAUGAGUGGAAAGAGAACAGAUGUUGGCAUCAAUGUACCAGAUAGCUGCGUCUUACAGUUGUGGUUUAAACAAAUGGUUUGUGUCCCCUCUGUGUCCCUCUGAACGUUGUCUGUGUGUAACAUUCAUUUAAUGAUGUGGGAUAAUCUGGGAAAAACAUAUACGUGCCAAAACGUCUGCUUGUUUCUGAUCAGUGUUAGAACCCGAGAAACGAGAGAAUGUAAUUAUGUGAUCAGGAUGAAAGUUGUAAAUAUAUAGAAUGAAAUGCUCUCAACGCGUAUAAGAGCUCUUAUUUUUUUCAUAUAAACUAGAAAAAGAUCAGAUGCAUAUUUUCCUGUAGCUUUAUUUAGCAGAGGCGAUCUGGAGAACUCUGGUUUCCUUUGUUUUUCAGCUUCUCUCCCAACAUCUGCUGUUGGGUUUGAUACAUGUUCCCGUGAUAAGUGGAUCUCUGCAGAGUCCAGGCUUUAUACAUUAUGAAGAAAACAGGCCUCAGUGUAGCGCACUACAUUAUGUAGGAGACGGCUGCCUCUGUCAGAGCCGCUUGAGGAGCGGUCGACUCCAUGUGGGAGCUCACCUCAUUAUGUACGUCCCACUGGGCCGACGGUGGCACGUUGCCCGAGGCAUUUCUCCUCCCAGAGCUGUUGGGUUUGAAUGUGUUUUUAGUUAUUUUUGGUCAGAUGUGUCGUUAAAGGACAUGAAAAGUCUCUUUCCUUCCCUCUCUCUCUCCCUCUGGUAGAAACCGUAGGGACAUUCAAGAGAAGGGGGAGCCCAUCUUUCAAAGCGUUGCACCUUGAACUCACAUUUCUUUCAACCAUUUAAGCUCAUUUAAAGGAAAGGUUUGACAUUUUUUGGAAAUACACUUUCUUGAGGCGAGUUAGACGAGCCGAUUGAUGCCGCUCUCUAUUGUACUGCCACCAGCAGCUGGUGCAGCAGAGAAAAUGACUGGCACCGUCCAAAGGGAACAACAUCUGACUUCCAGCAGCUCUUAUUUAACGUCAUGGAUCUCAUCUUUUUAAUCAGUGGAAACUAUUUAUUUUUUAAAUGAUAAUUUUACAUAUUACUCUUGUUCGAUUCAGCAUAUAAAACAUAAAAAGAGUAAAACGCCACAUUGUUUUAGUGAUUACUACCAGUUAGGUAAUAUAAGAGGACAGAUGUUUAUUCGAUAUGCUAAGCUAAGCUAAGCUAACCGACUACUGGCUCCAGAUUUAUUUACUGCACCCACAUGAGAGCCGUAUCACUCUCUGAGAGAAAGGGAACAAGUGUGUGUGUGUGUGUGUGUGUGUGUGUGUGUGUGUGUGUGUGUGUGUGUGUGUGUGUGUGUCCCAAAAGGAGAAAAUAUUCCUUCAAGAUUCCUAAUUGGCCGAUUAUUUUAUUGCCGUUUGCUUAGUGACAUUAUUUGUAAAUGUAAAAUCAGUAAAAAAGUAAGAUAUUCUAAAUAAAUGACCUUACCAUGAAACAAGUUAA